AUGGCUACCUUGCUUCGUUUAAAGGGAGGUGCUACGUCGUGGAUGACACAACGCGCUAGUGCACGUACAGCUCUGAUUGCACGACACAUGACGACAACAGCCCCUUCGCCUUCGCCAGAGACCCUGGCCAAGCUGCGCGACGCCUCGUCGCCUGUGCAGCUGCUGAGUGAUGGGACGAUGCGCAUUGUGCAGCUGAACCGUGAAAAAGCGCUAAAUGCUAUUAACAUGGACAUGAUUGAUUUGAUUGAGGUGGCCCUAGCCGAUGUGGUCCCUUCGCCCAAUGCCGCGACAGUUCUGUUCCGCGGUGUCGGCCGCUCGAUUUGCGCGGGUGGCGAUAUCAUGUCGCUCGUGAAGGCGGCCAACAGCGACAGCCAGGAGAAACAGAUGGAGUCUGUGCACUUCUUCCAGAAGGAACUCCGCCAGAACUGGUAUGUCCACACGCUGCGUGACAAGUCGUCGGAGCUUGGUCACCCGAAGACGUACAUCGGUCUGUGGGACGGCAUCAUCAUGGGCGGUGGUGUCGGUAUGACCGUGCAUGGCUCUGUGCGUAUUGCGUCAGAGCGUACAUUGUUUGCGAUGCCGGAAACUGGGAUUGGCUACUUCCCUGAUGUCGGCUUGUUGCACACAUUCUCGCGCUUGGACGGUGCGAUCGGUAUGUACCUUGGCUUGACAGGUGCUCGUCUGAGCGGUGCCGACGUGUACCUUACAGGCCUUGCGACACACUACGUCCGCUCAAGCUCCGUUGACGAGCUUGUGCGCCGCUUGAGCUCGAUGCCCAUUCACUCCGCGGCCAAGGAAGAGACGAUCGUGGAGGCAAUCAACGAGUUCGCCUCAGAUCCGUUCCAGGAGGACGAGAUGCUGGCUUCCAAGUCAGUAUUCUUGGGCGAUCGUCGCAUUGCACUGGACUUUGCGUUUAGCCGUGGAUCCGUGGAGCAGAUUCUGGCAGCGUUGGAUGACAUGGCACAGCGCCGUACGGACUCGUACACGGGUAAGGAACUGCAGCAGCGUGGCCUGAGUCUUACGGACGAGAUUGUGUCGUGGGCUUCCGAGACCCACGCAACACUUCUCGCACGCUCACCCCGUGCUCUGAAGGUGACGUUCCGCGGUAUCCAACUUGCGCGUGAUCAGACCCUGGCAGAGAACAUGCACAUGAACCUGCGUGUGGCUACGGCGUUCUGUGAUUUGUCGAUUGGCCGCGACUUUUACACGGGUGUGAUGCAUGUGCUAGGCCGUGACCCGAAGACAGGCAAGCGCAACGAAGGCAACCCAGCCUGGGAGCCGUCGCGUGUGGAAGAUGUGAGUGACGAGUACAUCCAGACGAUGUUCUUUGGUGACCAUGCCAAGGCACAGAAAGCAGGCUUGCGCCUCCCUCUUCUCACGCUCGACAACGUACCUGCAGCCCCGAAGAACCGCGAAGGCCGUCAGGCACGCGAUGCCGAGGUGCGUGGCGUUGGUCCGCUGCGUUGGAACCCGAAGCACAACCCUCAUGCGCUGCCCAGCGAGGCCGAAUUGGCAGCGCUGUACGAAGGCAGUCACCCGGCCGCUGGCAGCUACGUUCUUGAGCCGCAGGAGCUGCUGGACACCAUCGCUGCGUAUAGGCACAACAAGCCAACCCUGCGUCUCAAGGUGCAGGACUGGUUGGACCGCCGUGCUCGUGCGUCGCGGCCGGAUACCAAGCGUGUGCCGUCGAUGCCGUGCACGCUGCACCAGCUGCGAAUGCGGUCUGAGUCACAGUUGGCCAACUCCCAGGCCUUGGCUUCGGAGCCGAUUACAGCGCACGGUUGGAUCCUCUCAGCGCGACAUCAAAAAACACGCACAUUUUUAGAGAUUGACGAUGGUACGCUGGGUGGGAGUGCUACGAUGCAAGUCGUCGUCCCAGGCGAUGUUCGUACACUGACACCUGGGCAAGCGGUACGUUUGCAAGGCCAUAUGGCGCCAGGGCGUGGAAAGCGUGCAAGUCAGCGUGUCGAGUUGCAUGCUGAUGAAGCUACUGUGCUGGGUCCUUGUGACUUGGCGACGUAUCCUCUCGCGAAUGCCAUGCAGAAAAAGGAGCAAGAUACCAAGACCAUGGACGUCGUUCGUCACGCCUCGCAUUUCAAGCCACGUACCGCGCACUUUGCUGCCAUUUCACGCACGCGUGCUCGUGUAGAGCUGGGCAUGGCUGCCUGGUGCAUGUCUAAUGAUUUUUGCAAAGUAGCACCGCCGGUGCUUACGUCGUCCGAUUGCGAAGGCGGUGGCGAGAUUUUCCAAGUCGUCGCCCAUGCAGACAUUGUGCCUACACAACCUACACCGCACGAGAAGCUCACAUCGUUCUGGUCAGGAAAUGGUGCGUACCUUACUGUAUCGACACAAUUGCAUCUGGAAGCCUACGCGAUGGGUCUCUCGCGUGUAUGGACUCUCUGCCCUGUGUUUCGGGCGGAAGGCUCAGCCACCAAUCGGCACCUCGCCGAGUUCUGGAUGAUGGAGGCGGAAAUGUGCUGGCUUCCAGAGGGACCUAGCGGGAUGCAUGAGACCAUUAACGCGCUCGAGCAUAUCAUCAAAAGCGGUUUGCAGGCGGCAUGGCAGGACGAGCGCGCGGUAGACGAUAUGACUUUCCUCCAGGUCGAGCGGCCCACGACCUGGAUCGAGACACCAUGGCCCCGUAUGACAUACACGGACGCUGUAAGGCUUCUGCGUACGCAAGGCCCCAUGCCACCGCCAGUCUGGGGCGAGUCGUUACGGUCGGAGCAUGAGCGGUGGUUGGCUGAGUAUGCUCAGGGACCAAUUGUGAUUACAGACUACCCAUCUGGCAUCAAGCCAUUCUACAUGCGGGAGAACGAUGAGCGGAUUACGCUGACGGAAGACUUGCACCCGGAGCGCGUGGGCGAAGAGAAGACGACGGUGGCCUGCUUUGACCUGCUGGUGCCGCAUGUCGGUGAGUUGGCUGGUGGAAGUGUCCGUGAAGAAAGGCAUGACAAGUUGGUCCGCCGUAUGGAAGCUAUGGGCAUUCAGGCAGAGCAGUUACGGUGGUAUACCGACGACUUGCGGCGGUACGGCGGUGCGCCACAUGGUGGCAUGUGCGUGACCUAG